AUAAACCUACCGCUGUUAAGAUAUCUAGUGCACCUCUACCAUCGGCCAUGACCAUUCCUUCAGUGCCUACAACCACCCAUUCUAAAGGUAAACACCAAAAUCUCCUUUUGUGCUCAUGAUUUUUUUGUCCAAUGAAGGAUGUUAAUCUUAUUCUCUACCAGAGAUGGAUUCCUCCAUUCUCGACUUCAUGUACACCAUGGUGGCCGACACGAAAGUUGCUCAAGCCUCCGAACAGGUAGAGAAGGGAAAAUGUAUGCCAGCCAAGAAAAGGCGUCUGAACGAAGCCAGCAGCAAAGAGGUCGAGGGUCUGCAUCCUACAGCGGUAUUGAACACCUCUCAUGCUGCCCAUGGGCCAUGGCUGCUCGUCGCCUGCCGGAAUGUGUUCGGCACCGCCACUGCACUUCUCCAACAACAGCAUCGACUGGAAGGCCGCACAGGAGCUGCUGCAGGGUCUCACGGCGUCCCAAGAGCGCUUGUUCGCAGCCAAGGAGCCUUCAGAUGUCGUUGCAUCUGGCUUUCUGGCCACGCUCGAGGCCUUGAAUUACGUAACGUUCUCUUUGGGGUAUGCUGUGGAUGUGGACAAGAAACUGGAGUCGGCGGAGCUUGACAACGCAGCAUUGCGGGAACAGCUAGAGAAGACAAAGGCCGAGCUCGUGGAGUCGAAGCGUGAGGCAGAAGCGGACCGGGAGAAGGCAAAGGCCGAGCUCGUGGUGUGGAAACGGGCAGCAGAAGAAGACCGGGAGAAGGCAAAGGCCGAGCUCGCCACGGUCAAACGGUCGGCCGAGGAGGAGCUGCAGAAGGUGAAGGCACAGCUGGAGAGCAGCAAGGCGGCGGAGCAGCGCAUGCUACAGCGUCUAGAGCAGCGCGCACUGGAGGGUGCACCGCACGGAGGACGACAUGGUGCGUGUGGCGCCACAGAGACCAAGCCGCCCCAGGUCGUGCUGAUUGAUGAUUAG